CGAUCUGAUUCCUUUCUCUUCUUCCUACGACGGACAGGCGUCGUUUACAACUGCAAAUAAUUGGCUUCAAGAUUUCCGGCAUUCCAAUGAGGCAUGGGCGACUUGCAAUAUGCUUCUGCUUAGCCCAGAAAUCCCUUUGAUUGCUAAGAUAUUUGCUGCUUAGACGUUUCGACCAAGGUCACAUAUGACCUCCAUCAGUUGGACCCUUCGUUCAUCCCAUCUUUCCGAGAUACUCUUCUGACUGCAAUGGCGUCAUUAACGGGAAGUUCAAAGACGAUCAUCAUCCAGCUAAGUCUCGCGCUUGCUGGGCUCGCCCUUCAAUUUCCCGAUUGGCAAGAUACCGCAGUUCAGUCUGUUAUCGACAGAUUCGGUCAAAAUCCGGCAACAGUCUCAACAUUGCUAGAGUUCUUGACAGUUCUACCGGAGGAGAUUAGCAGCAAUUCGAAAAUACCUGUGACUGUAAGGUGCAUAUAUUCUUCUGAUUACAUUCUCAUCGAUCUCGCGAUAUGCCAGCCUGAUGAGUAUAAAGAUGGUUCGACGAGGCUUCUCACAAACAACGCAGGAGCUAUCGCCAGCCUUUUGACUAUGUACAUAACGGCUUCAGGGGUCACGACGGCUCUACAAAGCCAGAUCUUGUACUGCCUACGAAGCUGGGUCAUUGCAGGAGAGAUUCUUCCGUCAGCGGUUGCCGAAACUCCACUAUUGGGAUUCGCGUUUGAUGCUUUGGAAUCCGACGAUCUUUUCGAUGCCGCAGUCGACGUGCUAUGUGAAGUCAUACACGAGACGCAGGAAGUCGAUGAGAAUAUGGCUGUCAUUGAAGUUAUUAUCCCCAAGCUAGUAGAGUUGAAACCAAAACUUCUCCUUGCAAAGGAUGACCCGGAAAAAAUGAAGGGCCUGCAAAAAUCUAUAGCGAAGCUGGCAAUUGGAGAAUGUUCCGCGUACCAUGACCUUGACAUCGUUCCGAUCACUUUCCAGUUCUGGAUGCGGCACGCAUUGAGCAUAGGAAAACGGCCUUCCGUUUCGCCACUAUUCCUCGAUGCAUACAGGUCGUUGAUGCGUGUCAUGAUUAGACACCUUUACUUUCCUGAAGAUCCUAGUAAAAUGGCACCUCAGGAGGCGGACGAUUUCAGAUCUUUCAGGCAUGUCAUGGGAGACACUCUCAAGGACUGCUGCUUCGCAUUAGAGGAAGCAUGCGCCGGGAGACCAGUGUCAUGGCAAGAGAUUGAAGCACCUCUGUUCUCUUUGCGUUCUAUGGGUGCCGAGAUAGAUCCUUCGGAUGACCGUGUCAUUCCAAAAAUCACGGAUUUAAUGCCUUCGCUUGCAGACUACCCUCGGCCGACACCCGAGUUAUAUUCCAUUCCAGCUGCAGUUCGUCUCAA